AUGUCAUGCCCGCGCGUUUCCGGUGUGGUGGCACUUGGGGCCCACACUGAUUGGUCACCGGCAAUGAUUCGAUUGGCUUUAAUGACUACAGCUUAUACUCAAGAUCUUGAAGGGAAUCUAUUGCUUGAUAAAACAUCUUAUAAUUUGGUAACAAUAUAUGAUACUGGUGCCCGGUCCGUGAAUCCUGAGAAGACUGUUGAUCCAAGACUGGUUUAUGAUUUAACUCCGAAUGAUCAUAUGAAUUUUCUAUGUGCAUCAAAUUUUAUUCGGCUAAAGUUACAACAGAUUGCUAGGAGGUCUGUGAGUUACGGGAAGAAUCAAUCUAAGCCGUGGAAUUUAAAUUAUCCAGCCAUUUAA